AUGUUCGGCGGCGGCCUCUUUGGCGGAGAGGGCCGGGGCCCAGGUGGCUUCUUCGGAGGUGGCGUCCCAGGCCGAUUCGACCACCAGUAUCAAGUCUUCCCAGUGACCUUCAUGGGCAAAGAAGAGCUCGAGAAGGGAAAUAAGAUUAUUUUGCCGCAAUCUGCCUUGGACCACCUCGCCCGACUGAACAUUUCCUGGCCCAUGCUGUUUGAGAUGACGAAUCCUACCACUUCAAGAUCCACUCACGGUGGUGUCCAGGAAUUCAUCGCUGAAGAGGGAACGUGCUUCCUCCCUUACUGGAUGAUGCAAAACCUUCUCCUGCAGGAAGGUGACCUGGUCCGAAUCUGCAAUACUUCAUUGCCCAAAGGGAGCUUUGUGAAGCUUCAACCAGUGCAUUCUGACUUCUUGGACAUUCACAACCCCCGAGCAGUGCUGGAGAAUUCGUUGAGGAAUUUCGCCACUUUGACAGUGGGCGAUUGUAUUGUCAUCGAUUACAACCAACGGAAAUAUGAGAUCGAGAUUGUAGAGUGCAAGCCUGCCAAAGCCAUUUCCAUCAUCGAAGCGGACGUCAACGUGGAUUUCGCACCACCCAAGGACUACAAGGAGCCUGCUCCUCCAGCCGCCGCUGCGGUUGCCAGCACUCACCUCGACACCAAGGAGGAAGAGGCAGAUGCUGAGAUGGAGGAAGGGCCCAAGCUCUUCGGCGGCAGUGGCCAACGGGUCGACGGCAAGCCGAUCAAGACGCCUUUGGCCUCGCCGGCCUCAGGGCCUUCACCGUCACCACCAGACGAGGAGGUCUUGAUGCCGUGGAUCAAGAGAAUACCAAAAGGUGUGAAGUGGACCUCGCCACCGUAUGGCUAUGGCGCAGGUCACAUGACAGGCGCAAAGGGAUGA